AUGGCGCUUUCGGUGGACAGGCCAGGGAAGCGCCGCAGGCUCGUGGGGAAGCAUGGCCAGCAGGCGGCGCUCCUCGAGCAGGUCGUCGGCGAGGAGAACAGGAGCGCCUCGCGGGAGGUCCACUUGGUGACCCUGCCGCACGCGGACAAGGAGGGCCUCGAAGCGCCAGCGGGGCUGAUGGUAUUAACAGAAUACCGCGCUCCAGUGGCAGGCGUCCGGCGGGCGCGCUGCCGCGUGGCCUUGCGCCUGGGCAAGACGCGCAAAUUCCUGGCCGUGAAGCGGGCCCUGCUCAACAGGUACCAACUCGCCUCUCACUGGUCCUGCAGCCGCGACGGGCGCUGGUCGGCCGUCGGGCAUUUCGCGAACGCGACGCCCAAGCCGCGGAGCGCCCUAGGCGCUGACUACCUGGCUUGGCCCGCGGAGCACCCGCCGCUGACCGCGGCGAAGAGCGGGCCGACGACCGCCCGCGCUGCGGAUAUGCGCAGGACCGCGCGGGAGCAGGUCGAGGGCGAGAAGUGGAAGCCAGAGCCUCGCGUCGAGGAAGUGGACCUGUGGCCGAUAGCGGUCAGGUCCGGGAUCCGAAAUUCUCUGGGCGACCCCCGCGCAGUGCGCAAGUUGAUGGCGCGCGCUAAGACGCCCUGCUCGCGUGAUGUGGUUGCCUGGAUGUUCAAGAACGAGCACGUGCUGGAGAAGAACGUCGACAUCUCCCUCGAAGACGCGACGGAACCCAUCAUGCAACAGUUCAAGGAGGCCCUGCGGGCGCCUUUCGUUUGCGGCGGCCGCUGGUUGCACCGCGUCCGCGAGAGCCCGUCGAUGAAUCGCAUCGACGUCCCCGACCUGUGCAGCAGCAUCUCGAUGUCCCUGCAGCACGGUCGGUCCGAGGCGGCCCCGGUGGUCGCCUUGGCCGGGCGCUUCGGCAGAGAGGGGGAGUCCCUUCUCUUCUCGGCGGCGCGGCCGCUGUUCGGCGGUGAGCACGUGCAGGAGAGGCCGGGCGGGGGGCAGUUUUGCCUCCGCGGUGUUGACGAGGCUAAGGCCGCGGUGCUGGACGAGUGGAUGUUCGCCGAGGAGGACCUCCCCUUGUCCAUCCAGCUCCUGUGGCUGGAGGGCAAGCCGGCGCUCGUCAUUAUGCCCCAGAACCAGCACGUCGGGCACAACGUGGGGUCCGCCCCAAUUUCUAUCACCUGCCCAGAGACCGCGCUGGCCGGCAUGCUGCUCCGGCGGCUGAAGCUAAACAGGUUCACUGUGCCGGUUCCGAAGCCGCCGGCCCCGAAGCCAGCGCCGUGCCCGCGCUGUUUCUUGACCCUCGUCACAAGCGAGGCUCUUGCAUUCAAGCCCAGGUAG